AGUCAAAGAAAAGCGUAGAGGCAGUGCUCAACCCGUCCAACAAAGCCAGCACUGUUCCGCAUUUGCAUUUCACAGAAAGAAAGAGUGAGAAACAGUUUUCUAGAGAGAGAAAACUCCGCAGCUAUGUCGUCUUCCUUCGACGCAUUCACCGAUGACUUGAACGUCAACCCCUCUUCAACUCACCACUUCGCUACCUCCGAUCAGGACGACACCUACUCCGGUUUCGGCGGUUACUCCAACUUCUCCGCCGACGGUGAUGUCACCGUCGAUCACGCCGCUGAGGCUUCCCCGGACAUCUUCGGAUUCAGUGAUCCAAAUCCAGGUUACUCCCCGUCUCCAUUUGAAUCGGUUUCAGUAGAGAACGGGAACGAUAACGGAAACGGUUACGGUGAGAGUGACGGUGUUUUUGUUUCUGAUGGUCCGAUUCUUCCUCCACCUGGUGAGAUGGAGUCAGAGGAAGGUUACGCUCUUCGCGAGUGGCGCCGUCAAAAUGCCAUUGAGCUAGAGGAGAAGGAGAAAAAGGAAAAAGAAACGAGAUUGAAGAUUCUCGAGGAAGCUGAGGAGUAUAAGGUGGCAUUCUAUGAGAAAAGGAAGCUUAAUGUUGAGACUAACAAGGUUCAAAAUAGAGAAAGGGAGAAGUUAUUUGUGGCUAAUCAAGAGAAGUUUCACAAAGAGGCAGACAAAGCUUAUUGGAAGACAAUUGCAGAGCUCAUUCCUCGUGAGGUUCCUAGCAUUGAAAAGAAGAGAGGCAAAAAAGAUCAGGAUAAGAAGCCAUCGAUCACUGUUAUCCAAGGCCCUAAGCCUGGCAAGCCCACAGAUCUUUCCAGGAUGCGGCAAAUACUGUUAAAGCUGAAGCAUACACCACCACCUCACAUGAUUCCUCCACCUCCACCACCUGCUCCUGGUAAAGAUGCCAAAGUCGGUAAGGAUGUUAAAGAAACAUUGCCUAAAGCAACUCCUACAGUGGAAGGUGCAUCAGGAUCCCAACCAAAGGAUGUCACUUCCAAUGGCCCUGCAGAGGAACACAAGGAAGAAGCCUCUGCAACUGAGGAGCAACCUGCAGCAUAAUUUUGCCUUGUUUCCUUCUCUCAAUCAUUUGUCUGAUAUCCCUUUUUGCACCUGCUGUGUUUAAUGAAUCUUUUGGUCCUGUCGUUAGUUCGUAAUACUUAUUGAUUGCAUUUUAGUACCUACAUUAAGGUUUUUAAUGAAUUAAAUAUACUAUGAACAAAUAUGACAUGUAGAUUCAGUGUUCAUGGUUAUAAAUAGAUGCGUAUUGACUA